AUGCGCAAGCUACGCGUCCUGAUCGUGGGAGCCGGCAUCGGCGGCUGCACUCUCUCCCUCGCGCUCCGCCAAAUCACCGCCCGCACGCUUCCAGCCAUCCUCCAACGCUCCGCUACAGCCGCCUCCGCCCUCCAGGCUACAGCCGCCGAAUGGGGGAGGCAGAACUGGGGGAGGCAGAUCCAGGCGGUUGGCGCGGGGCUGUCGCUGUGCGCCAAUGGGCUUCGCGUGCUAGACGGACUCGGGCUCCAUGAGAAAAUCCAGAAUCUCAGUGGGCCCAUCUCCUCGCUGCACACAUACACGGAAAGUGGCAAGAAGCUUCGCACCUUUGACUAUUCAUUCAUGUCCAAGCGCUAUGGCUACCCCAUGAUGGCCCUGGAACGAGCAGAGCUGCAGGGCCUGCUGGUCCACGAGGUCAUGUCAGGCGCUGAGUCAGCAUCAGUGCCGCCCAUUCUGUUCAACAAGAAGUGCAUUUCCGUGCACAAUCUGGGCCCGGGGAAAGGCGUGCGAGUGCAUUUCGAGGAUGGCACAUGUGAGGUGGGGGACGUGGUGGUGGGAGCAGAUGGGGUGAAAUCAGCCGUCCGUUCUGCUGUCAUGCCACGUCAUGACCCACAUGACCGUAAGCCAAGUCGCGGCUCAGCAGCCUACAGCGGCAUCUCCUGCAUUCUCGGAGUCACCUCCUCUGUCCCCGACUGGAUCAAAGGCAGCGCCUACUGGGUGCUCGGUCCAGGAAAGGUCUACGGCACCUGGAGCAUGGGUCGCGACAAGCAGUACUGGUUUCUCUCGGAACAGGAACUGAUUACAGCGGAUAACCUCGCUAUGUGGACACCGAGUGACGCUUUAAAGGGGAUGGACGACAUGUGGAACUGGUUCCAUCCGUAUGAUGCUCAUGCGAUGUUUUCCCGGACCGUUCGGGCAGUAAAAAUCGGUUUUUUCGAGCUUCCUGCAGAUGCGCCGUGGGUUGGCGGGGCGCCGAGCGUGGGAGGAGGGGGAGGGAAGGUGGAGGGGCGGGUAGUGGUUGGAGGGGAGAACAGAGUGGUUUUGAUGGGUGAUGCGGCUCAUGCCAUGCUGCCGACUGUGAACCAAGGGGCGAACAGCGCGAUAGAAGAUGCUGCUGUGCUGGCUCGGGCUUUAACUAAUAUAGAGGGCCAGAUGGCAUGUCGUGGUGAUGGGGAAGAAUGGGGUACAGGGCACAGGGCAGUGGCAGACGAGCUACAACCCACUGGUGCAGCGGUUGCAGCAGGGGCUGCUGCAGUUCACACCACAGUCUGCUAUGGAAAAAUCUAUGGACUGGAUGUAUAA